AUGCAAGGAUUUGAAGCAUGCUGCAUCACCAGCACUACUGUGGCAUCGGCAGCCGUGCAGGGCUGGUCCUCGCGCGCUCCGGACCCUGGCCGGCUUGCUGAACCUGCUCCCGCUGAGCUUGCCUGUGCCGGGGAGCCCCAGGCUGGCGGCAGCGUUCCAGCAGAGAGCGAGGAAGAGGAUGACAAUGAUAUGGAAGUUGAAGAUCAAGAUAGCAAAGAAGCUGAAAAACCAAACAUCAUUAAUUUUGAUACCAGUUUGCCAACAUCACAUAUGUAUUUAGGCUCUGAUAUGGAAGAGUUUCAUGGAAGAACGGUGCAUGAUGAUGACAGCUGUCAGGUGAUUCCAGUGUUGCCCCACGUGAUGGUGAUGUUGAUUCCUGGACAGACGUUACCUCUUCAGCUUUUUCGCCCUCAAGAGGUUAGCAUGGUGCGGAAUUUAAUUCAGAAAGACAGAACAUUUGCUGUUCUUGCAUACAGUAACGUACGUGAAAGGGAAGCACAUUUUGGAACAACAGCAGAAAUAUAUGCCUACAGAGAAGAGCAGGAAUAUGGAAUUGAAACGGUCAAAGUGAAAGCAAUAGGAAGACAGAGGUUCAAGGUGCUUGAAAUAAGAACCCAGUCAGAUGGAAUCCAGCAGGCUAAAGUACAAAUCCUUCCUGAGCGAGUGCUGCCUUCAACAAUGUCAGCAAUACAGCUGCAGUCUCUCAGCCGAUGCCAUAUAUUUCCUUCUGCGAAACCUACAGCGUGGCAGGACCGAGCUAUACAUCAAUGGUGGCAGAAAUACCAAAAGAGGAAGUUCCACUGUGCAAGUUUGACAUCUUGGCCUCCCUGGCUCUACUCUCUCUAUGACGCUGAAACCUUGAUGGAAAGAGUCAAGAGACAGCUACAUGAAUGGGAUGAAAAUCUUAAAGAUGAAUCUCUUCCAACAAAUCCAAUAGAUUUUUCUUACAGAGUUGCUGCUUGCCUGCCAAUUGAUGAUGCAUUACGUAUACAGUUGCUUAAAAUAGGUAGUGCUGUUCAGCGACUCCGGUGUGAAUUAGAUAUUAUGAACAAAUGUACAUCUCUUUGUUGUAAGCAAUGCCAAGAUACAGAAAUAACUACCAAGAAUGAAAUAUUCAGUUUAUCCUUAUGUGGACCCAUGGCAGCAUACGUGAAUCCUCACGGGUACAUCCAUGAAACCCUUACUGUAUAUAAAGCCUGCAACUUGAAUCUCAGUGGACGACCAUCAACAGAGCACAGCUGGUUUCCUGGGUAUGCCUGGACUAUAGCCCAGUGCAGAAUCUGCGGGAACCAUAUGGGAUGGAAGUUCACGGCUACCAAAAAGGAUAUGUCGCCUCAGAAAUUCUGGGGGUUGACCCGGUCUGCUCUCCUGCCUCGGAUUCCAGAAACAGAGGAAGACUCAGGCCACGAUAGAUCACCGUUACUCUGCCUGUAA